CAAAUGAAUGGUAACGCCGGAACGUCCACUCUCUCUUCUCGGAGGUGUCUUGGUGAGGAGCGCUUAAGGCUCUAAUAAGAUCACCACAAAAUACCGAAAAAGCAAACUGAACUUAAAUUAGCACCAUUACUUUGGCUGCUGUGUUGCUCACUCAUUACAAAAAGGUAAUGCCUCGGAGAAGUCCAGUAAAUGCUGGUGUGGACCAGAUUGCUGCUGGCAUUUCAGACUGUGUGACUACGGAGGGCCUUAGGGGCUGUUUGUCCAGUGAGGUCAUGCAAGGCCUGCGUUCAGAAUGUGCUGCAGUGUGGUUCGACUGUGGCGUGUAUGAGAGAGCAGAGAGCCACUACUAUGUCAAGCUGCAAGAACAUCAGAAUGGAACCACUGCUCUGGCACGCACCAGGAACAACCAAGAAACCUGUCACCAUGGUGACCAGGAGGCCUGUCACCAUGUGGUUCAGACUGUCUGGGUCAAUAAGCCCAUCUUUGACCAAGCUGAAUGCCAUUUUGUAGCCCAGUAUCCCAAAAAGACAAAUUCAGUGACCACACCCAGUUCUCUCCAGUUGUCACCUGCUAACCCCUCCUCCAAUACAUUAUGUGAUGAAGGCUACCUUUCUCAAACCCCAACUCCUGCUACUCCUGCUUCAAGAGCAAUCAAUGGCCUCCCCUUUCUGCCUGCACCACUGCAUGGGGUGUGGCUUCAGAAACCUCUGUAUGACAGGGCAGAAGCAGCUUUCUAUCAGAACCUGUACCGUAAAAGUGAUCCCCAUUACAAGCCCAUUGGAAAUGAUGAAGACCAAGUAUGCUUCCAGGACCUGAGUGGCACCAUCGUCAAGGAAACCAAGCUUGACAGGACAGAGCAGCAGAAACAUUACAACAAUGGCAUCAAGAAUGAAGACAGAGGCUGGUGUCACUUUCUCCAUGCGGAUAGUGAGAGGGUGUGGCUUGACCGCAGUCGCUAUGUGGAAGCGGAGACUCAUUUCUACGAAACAGUUGCUGCCAAAACCAACCAAUCUGCCAUAGUCCACUCUAGCACAUCACUGAAAAUGACUGGAGUGGACUAUUUGGCUCAGGAGAGGAUAUGGUUUGACAAGCCACGCUAUGAUGAGGCUGAACGAAGGUUUUAUGAAAGGAUGAAUGGCCCUACACUACCUACACAGGACUCAGGAGCUAACAGUAUUCUACAGGAUAUUGCCAGAGCUCGAGAGAACAUCCAGAAGUCUCUUGCUGGGUUGAAGACGACCUUGCAGCCAACUAGAGGCUCUGCUCAAAAAUCUCUAAGCCCCUCCCACAUCUCCAUUGAGAAGACUUCAGGAGGCAGCAGUGCUGAUCAGGCAGAACUGCUCACACGCAUGAAGAACCUGGAACUGGAAAACAAGAGUCUAUGUAAAGUGGUGGAGGACUUGCGUGCUGCUCUCUCUAAACUGGAGAGUCGAGUCUCUGUCCUGGAAAAAAGGCCUGCAGCCCCAUUACCAGUGGUUAAUGGAACAGCUCCUAAUAAAUCUGUUUUCACUCCACUUCCCCAGAAAACACCACCUGCACCAGCAAACAAUGAUGAAGAUGAUGAUGAUGAUGAUAUUGACCUGUUUGACAGUGAUGAAGAGGUGGAUGAGGAGGCCGAGCGGCUCAAAGAGCAGCGGUUGCAGGAAUAUGCUGCCAAAAAGGCCAAAAAGCCUGCCCUUAUCGCCAAAUCCUCUAUUUUGUUGGAUGUCAAGCCUUGGGAUGACGAGACAGACAUGGCAAAACUAGAGGAGUGUGUAAGGUCAGUACAGGUUGACGGAUUGCUGUGGGGAGCCUCCAAGCUGGUACCUGUUGGUUAUGGUAUUAAGAAGUUGCAGAUCAAUUGUGUGGUUGAGGAUGACAAGGUGGGAACAGACCUGCUGGAAGAAGAAAUCACUAAGUUUGAAGACUAUGUCCAGAGUGUGGAUGUAGCAGCCUUCAAUAAGAUUUAAGUACUUGCAAUCAUUCACACAUGCACUACUGCUACUGAUAAAAUGACAGUUGAUAAUAAAGAGCUCUGACUGCA